UCAUUUGACUCUCUUGUUGAUAGGAAAAAAUUCAUUGAACGCGGGUGACUGUUCAUCUUCUGUCGAGCCAUUAUUAUGGAGGAAAUCGGUAUUGUGAUUCCUGAGAGGGAGGAAGGUGUCGAGCUACCGAAGAAAGAAGCAGUAUCCUGUGGGAUGUUCUCUGAUGCGGCCGAUGCGGAUGAUCUUUACUCCCGUUACAAGAAACUGCAAAGACAUCUACAAUUCCUCGCAGUGCAAGAGGAGUAUAUCAAGGAUGAACAACGAAACUUGAAGAAAGAGUUUUUGCACGCUCAAGAAGAAGUGAAGCGGAUCCAAAGUGUUCCAUUGGUUAUUGGGCAGUUUCUCGAAGCGGUGGAUCAGAACACCGCGAUUGUAGGAAGCACGACUGGAUCGAAUUAUUUUGUUCGAAUCUUGUCAACCAUUGACCGAGAACUCCUCAAGCCGUCUGCGAGCGUUGCGUUGCAUAAACAUAGUAACGCCCUGGUGGAUGUUCUCCCCCCGGAAGCGGAUUCUUCCAUUUCUAUGCUUCAGGCCGACGAAAAGCCUGACGUGAGUUACGCAGAUAUCGGUGGCAUGGACAUCCAGAAGCAAGAAGUGAGGGAAGCCGUGGAACUUCCUUUAACGCACGCGGACUUGUACAAACAAAUCGGAAUUGACCCUCCACGCGGUGUUCUCAUGUAUGGACCACCCGGUUGCGGCAAGACCAUGCUGGCUAAAGCUGUUGCCCAUCAUACUACUGCGGCUUUCAUUCGAGUGGUUGGAUCCGAGUUCGUUCAAAAAUAUCUUGGAGAAGGUCCGAGGAUGGUGAGGGAUGUGUUCCGAUUGGCGAAGGAAAAUUCUCCGGCAAUCAUUUUCAUCGAUGAAAUCGACGCGAUUGCGACAAAGCGUUUCGAUGCUCAAACUGGCGCCGAUCGAGAAGUGCAACGUAUUCUGCUCGAACUGCUUAAUCAAAUGGAUGGGUUUGACCAAACGACGAACGUGAAGGUUAUUAUGGCAACGAAUCGAGCUGAUACUCUGGAUCCAGCCUUGCUCCGUCCUGGUCGCCUGGAUCGAAAGAUCGAGUUCCCGUUGCCAGAUAGACGGCAGAAACGUCUGGUUUUUGGGACCAUAACAGCCAGAAUGAAUCUCUCCGACGAGGUUGAUUUGGAGGAAUAUGUUGCCAGGCCAGACAAGAUUUCCGGUGCUGAUAUCAAUGCAAUUUGUCAAGAGGUAGCCGGAAUGCACGCAGUUCGUGAAAACCGCUAUGUGAUCUUGCCGAAAGAUUUCGAGAAGGGGUAUAAGAACAACAUCAAGAAGGACGAGGCAGAGCAUGAAUUCUAUCGUUGAAAGUUCCCUGUGCGUCUCGAAAACAAUAUUUCAUUUAAAUAUAACUGAUGUCUUUUGUGUCGUUUUUCCUGUUUAUUUUUUGUGGUUUAUCUUCUGUUUUAAGAAAUCUUCCGGCUUUUCAGACCUCUUUCUUCUCUGUGGUUU